UCUUCGUUCUUCCGGUUUGUAUGUUGUUGAAAAGAAAAGACGAAUGCCUGGAGAAAAAAAAAAUACUCUACGAAUACGGUAUUUUAGCAUGUAUUUUUUGCGAAUGUAUCGUCAAAGCUUUUGUCGAUAAAGCUUUCACAACUUAAUUUGGGAUUCUAUAAAUAUUGUAAGAAUCUUAAGUUGUUCACCCAAUGUUUGUUUAGCGAUAGCUGCAGCUAGCAAGCCAUCCUUAGCUAGCUAUUUUGCAAGGUUAACCAUCUGGAUAUGCGAUCAAAAUUAAACAUUAACGUUUAAUUUAAGAGCUCGACUGUGGUCGCUGCCAUCGGUUGUGAUACUGUCAAAGCAGAAAGACACAUUCUACAAAGCAGUGCCUAUUCGGAUAGUGAAAGAUGAGUUCUCAGCCAUUUUCUACAGCUGGAAUGCCUGCUCAGAGUAAUCCUGGUGGAAAGCCGGUCUCUAUCAAUCAGUCAUCCAACCAGACAGCAGGACCAGGUGAGGACAGUAGUGGUGAUGUGGACCACCAUGGUCCCCAGGACCUCCCAGCCAGCAGCAGGGGAGGACAAGAAGCCCUGUCGUUCAGAGAAGACAAGCAGGAGACUGGAGUGGUCAGACCCUACCCUCAGGUCCCGGUUCAGACCCACAGCCUGCAGUCCCAGGUCCCAGCUCUGUCCCAGCAGGUGCCCAACAAGGCGGGUACACCUGGUCAACCUGUCACCGUGUCCAACCUUCCUGUCCAACUACUGCAGGCCCAGCCUGCUGCCCUCGUCGACGGGCAAAUGAAGGCUGCCCUGAAAUCGCUGGUGCCCAGUCGUCUCAUCGCCCCAGCCUCCAACCAGGUCCAGGGGGGCCACAUCCCUCUCCCCCUGCCCCUCAAGGUGCAGCCUGCCCUGCUUGGCCACAUCACUGUCACCCUGGAGAGCCACAUGGCUCCCACCUCCUCCAUCCCUGUGGCAACCAUCAGUGGACAACAGGGCCACUCCAGUAAUCGGCAUCACCUCAUGCCAGCUAAUAUCCAGAUAAUUAGGGCUCCUUCUGUUCCUCAACACACAUUCAGUUCUCACCUACCCAGAGGGGCGGUGGCUGCAGCAGUGAUGUCCAGCUGUAAAGGGCCUGCUGUUCUCAGACCAGCAUCAGGGGCCAGUGUAGGCCCUGUUCAGCACACUGUACAUCACAUCACCCACCAGUCUAUCCAGUCUCGUUCCCCUGUCACAAGCUCUACAGCAGUGGCCCCUAUCUCAGCCACCCGGAACCAGUCCCCUGUCACAAGCUCUACAGCAGUGGCUCCUAUCUCAGCCACCCGGAACCAGUCCCCUGUCACAAGCUCUACAGCAGUGGCCCCUAUCUCAGCCACCCGGAACCAGUCCCCUGUCAUCAACCCAACAUUCACCCAGUCUGCAGAGGUGCUGCAUGGGCAUCCAGGGCUGACCAUCCACCCUCUUCCUGCCACCAUCAGUAUCCAGCGUCCCCAGGGAGCCAGGGACACAGCCACACGCAUCACCCUGCCCUCCCACCCUGCUAUAGGGGGGCAGAAACCCCAGCCCCCCCACACCAUGACACAGAAAUCCAUCUUCUGUUCUGGGACUCCGGUGGCUGCAGCAACUGUGGCACCUAUUCUAACCAACACUGUUCCAGGCACAACCACUACAGGCACUGCGCCACACACCCAGGUGACCAGCGGUACUAUCAUCACCAUGACGAUGCCCUCCCACUCCUCCCACGCCACAGCACUGACCACCUCUACCAUCCCAGUUGCUAAAGUGGUACCUCAGCCCAUAGCCCACACCUCCCCCCGUGUCCAGUCAGACUACCUUGGAGAAAGGACCAACCUGAUCCAGCCUAUAGCCCACACCUCUCCCCAUGUCCAAUCAGACUACCAGCCCAUAGCCCACACCUCCCCCCGUGUCCAAUCAGAUUACCCUGUAGAAAGGACCAACUUGAUCUCCAUCUCUGGCAACCGCUCCUCUCCUAACCCUGUCACCAUCGAGGCCAGGAGUGACAACAGGCCGGUGCACUUCCAGUACUUCCUGCCUACUUUUUCCUCUUCUCCGUACCCCCGGACACACACCUACACCCCCAUCACCAGCUCCGUGUCCACCAUCAGACAGUACCCAGUGACGCCCCAGACCCCUAGCUCUACUCUGCCCAGCCAGCCUGCUGUGGCCGUGCCCACUACCCUUCACCUCAACCCCAUGCAGCUGAUGGCCGUCGACAGGAUUGGUUUACAGUCUGCACAAAUCAGCACCCAGGGAAUCCAGCCUCAACCAAUGGGAGCCCAGGGCAUCCAGCCUGCACCAAUGGGAGUGCAGGGGUUACAUAGCUCUGGUCCAAUCGGCACACAGGGGAUUCAGCAGGCACCAAUCGCAGGGCAGCAGCCUGAGGCCAAACCAUCUGGGAUGGUAUUGGCUGACGGCAGCCCGUUUGGCGCCACACAGCCCGUUGCUACCAUGGUACAGACACACCCCCAGGGCGGAGUUGGAGGCGGAGCGCCCACCUUGGUCUCCUCCCCUCGACCCAGCAUCCUCCGCAAGAAGCCAGCCAAUGAGGGGUGUGUUGUCGGUAAGACUCUGAUCCCGGCGGUGCCUGGUGAGGCUCACAGCGGCAGAGUGGAGGGAGGAGUGAGAGGAGCAGGACAACCAAGAGCUGCAGGAGUGAAGCCUAAAGCAGAGGUUCACAUGACCAUGGUGGCUCCUCCAGUCCUAGUCAUGGCUGCAGUGGAGGCUCUACCCUCUCAGGGAGGAGCGGAGCGACAGACGGUCUCUUCCCCAGCCCAGCAGCAUCUAUCCCAGGCUAUCCCCUCCAACCUGCUGGCCCCCCGUGGUCCUCCACCCCCCUCCCAGCCCAGCUCCACUGCCCACCUCUCUGCCCUGCCGGCUGCCAUGGCCGUGACACCCACUGGCCCCGCCUCCAUGGCCAAUACUGUCGCCUCCCCCACCCAGCCCGCAGCCAGUAGCACGGCAGCAUGCAGCGGAGGUUCCGCCCACACAGAGGUCAAAAUCAAGCAGGAGGCGGAGUCUAUGGAGAUGUAUCAACCAGUGCCCCAGUCCUCGGCGAACUCGGGCCUCAGCACCCAGCCCCACCAGGCCGGGUCCCUUCACGGGGCCCCCUCCUCAGGGGACCUGGUUCCUGGUGCCUCCCCCAGGAAGAAGCCUCGUAAGCAGCAACACGUCAUUUCCACAGAAGAGACUGAGAUGUUGGAGACCAACAGUACAGAUGAGGACAGGGCUAUGGGCCACAGGCCCCUGGGCAGCAGGGCUAAGAGGAGAGAGUCCCCUCCCAGGGAGUAUGUGGAUGAGGAAGGGGUACGUUACGUCCCUGUCAGGCCACGCCCACCUGUCACUCUGCUGCGUCACUAUAGGAACCCCUGGAAGGCGGCCUAUCACCACUUCCAGAGGUACAGCGACAUCCGGAUCAAAGAGGAGAAGGAGUCAUUACAGGACGUGGCCAACCAGAGAGGAGUAGCACGGCGAGCUCAGGGAUGGAGGAUGCACUUGUGUGUUGCUCAGCUCAUGCAGCUGUCAAACCUGGAGCAUGAUGUCUAUAGCAGACUGACGUCCCUCCAGGAGGGGCUGAUCCCUAAGAAGAGGGCCGGGGUCGACAACGAGCUGCACCGCAUUAACGAACUCAUACAGGGUAACAUGCAGCGCUGUAAGCUAGUGAUGGACCAGGUUACAGAGGCCCGGGACACUAUGAUGAAAGUUCUGGACCACAAAGACAAGGUCCUAAAGCUGCUCAACCAGAACGGAGAUGUCAAAAAGUCUAACAAACUGAAACGUAAGGAUCGGGCCUAGCCCGGGCUUCCUGUUCCAUCACCAACGUCAUGGAUCUGUUCGUUAGAGCAUGCAAUGUUUUUAAAACGUUUUCUUGAUUUGCAACUGAAGAAGAAAAUGUAAACGUUUCUCAGUGGACAAGUCAAGGGGGGGGGUGUAGUCUCUCCCUGUUUGUGUUUGUUUUCUGCUGCUUAUGUGCCUAAUGAACACGACCCACCUCUGCCCUAGCGCUACGGGAGGACAGGGUGGAAGAUCUGCUGGGAGCUAGAGGUGGAACUGUUGGCACUAUGACAGCUACUCAACCACACCCUCUAUCUCUGUCUGAGCACUGAAGCUGGGUGGACAACCUGACUAGAACCCUCCUGUUGCUUAAGUCAGAACUCACUGGCUGGAAAGAAAUCCCUCUAGGAAUAUGUUCUCACUGAAGAAGACUCAACACUGUGUCUUACAAAUGGCACCCUAUUCCCUAUAUAGUGCACUACUUUUGACUAGAGCCCUAUGGAAGCCUAUUCCCUAUAUAGUGCACUACUUUUGACUAGAGCCCU